AUGACAGGGCCAGCAACCACGCCAGUCGAGUCGAGUCCAACAGGGAAGUGCAAAGCGCUUCGAAGACUCUUACAGUUGUUGAGCAUGCUUAUCAUGGUAUAUCUUGUCAAGAACCAUGACGUGAAGAUAUACUUCAGUGUCAAUAUGCUGGAGGGUAGCGACUGCUACCCUCUACGUUUGCGCUACCAAACGUCUAGUAGUCCUUCCUUGGGAAUAUCGCCGGGUGGCGGAACAUGGAAGCACGAUGCAGGUCAUAGAAAAGCGGCACGGGACCGUCAAGCCGUUGUGCGGCGUGUGCGAGUUCAGAAAUGGGCGGCGACUCAAGGCAUAAAUACUUCUCAGCAUCUUUUAACCCUACGAUCAUCUCUGAACCUCAAGAUUCUUCCAAUGCUUUCUAUCGGGGCUGCGAAUGUCGCUGUCCUAGCUCUUUUGGGCUUUCGAGCUACUGGAGUAAACGCCGCCUUUCAGUUGGUUCAAAGCCAUUCGGGUGCUAAUUUUUUGAAUAACUGGACUUUCGCUACUGGCACCGAUUUUCUCGAUAAUGUGGGUGACGUCGUUUGGCAGUCGGAAGAGCAGGCACAACAGGAGCAGUUGACAUUCCUCAACGCGGCGGGCAAUUUUGUCAUAAAGGUUGACAAUACCACUGAUGCGAGGGGUAAUUCAUCAUAUGGCCGCAAUAGUGUGAAAAUGAACAGCACUUAUACGAUUUCGAGCGGAAACCUGGUUCUAUUUGAUGCUUUUCACAUCCCAUAUGGAUGCUCAGUAUGGCCUUCAUUUUGGACACGAGGUGCUUCUUGGCCAGAUGAUGGAGAAAUAGACAUUGUAGAAGCCGUAAACAUGGUAACGGAAAAUAGUAUCUCUCUGCAUACCCUUAAUGGCUGCAAGCAUCCAGAUGCCUCCGCCUCAGGUGGUAUUGAGACUGGAAACCUCAUUUCAACGGACUGCUUCAACCAAACGAAUUUCAAUCAAGGCUGCAUCGUCGAUGUGCCUGGCCCUUCAUACGGCGCAGCAUUCGCACAAUCCGGCGGAGGCAUAUACGCAUUAAACUGGAACUCUUCGGGCAUCUUCAUUUGGUUCUUCCAACGUGGAUCGAUACCCUCCGACCUUCCCACCGACUCACCUAAUCCCGACGGCUGGGGUCUGCCAACAGCAGCAUACCCAGUUAGCAACUGCGACUUCAAUACCUUUAUCAAACCUCAAAAACUCAUCCUCGAAAUCGACAUUUGCGGCGACUUUGCGGGGUUGCCGAAUGUUUACUCACAGACAUGCAGUGGGCUCUGCACCGAUCUCGUUCAAAUCCCAUCGAACUAUGAUAAUGCCUAUUUUGAGAUUGGGUCUAUCAAGGUGUUCCAGCAGACGAAUGGGAGUUCGACUACGGCGACAUCACCCGCUGGUGCGACAACCUCGCAGGGAGGUUCUAAAGGUAGUGGCGCCUCACGAUUGGGUUCACCUAUCUGUCUGUUUAUUUUCACGUCCGUGUUCGGGCUUCUUGUCAGAUACCUCUCCUGA